AUAAUGAAACCAACAAGAAUUCAGAAGCAAUAUGAAAUGGCAUUCCACAAUCAUGAGGCUAUUGUAGGCAGCAGAUUUACCCGUGACCCUCCAGAUUCAACUCUACGGUACACAAAAUGGGCAAAUGAACUUGAUGAAUCCAAACUGACUUUACAAAUCUACACCUCCCAUGGUCCUACUGUGAUAAUGCCAACUUGGUUUUGCCAUCGUAAUGUUUUUGACAGAGUUGGUGGGUUCAGUGAAGCUGGAAAGGGAACACCAGAAGACCUCAUAUUUUUCUUCAAGCACCUGCAAUCGGGCGGCAAGAUCCUCCGUCACCCUGAUAACCUCCUUGUAUAUAGAUAUCACCCGACUGCAACAACAUUCUCUAUUGAUGAACAAACUAUCUGGAACUUAAGGAUCCAAGAAAUAGAAAAAUGCAUCCUAAGCCACUGGGAGUCCUUCACCAUCUGGAACGCAGGCAAGCAGGGUCGUAAGUUCUACAGGUCCCUCGCGACAGAAAAUCAAAAGAAGGUUGUGGCCUUUUGUGACGUUGAUGUGAAGAAGAUAGGGAUGUGUUAUACAUAUGAGGAGUCCAAGGAAAGACCUAAGCCCAAAGUGCCAAUUGUUCACUUCAGCCAAAUCAAGCCACCCCUGAUCAUCUGUAUGAAGAUGGAUCUAACUGGGGGAAAGUUUGAAGAGAAUCUAGAAUCUUUACACCUGCAGGAGGGGAAAGACUACUUUCAUUUUAACUGAAUAUGUAUAAUACAAUAAUUUUCUUCUUUAUUAUGCAUCUGUUUAAUGUCAUAGCA